AUGUUACUGGGACCAGCACGCAUGCUCAAUUAUGCCUCGUCAAGGCCGUCGACCGGGGUUACCGCCAACUCAACUGCGGUGUCAAACAUUGAUACCAUUACCUCGCAAGUCAUCAACAUAGCGAAUCGAGGCCAUCGCCUCACUGAGCGAGAUUGCCGCGAUGUUCAGCGGGCUGUACGACAGGGCAAGACGGAGUCACAAAGUCUUGCGACAGACUUUGCAGCCAUCACCACCAUGUCGCCGAGAUCGAGGCACUCAUGA